AUGGACCAGAGAACAAGGCUUCGCAAGGCCUGUGAUGCCUGCAGUAUUCGAAAAGUGAAGUGUGAUACUGGUGGGCCGCCUUGUCGGUCAUGCGCUAGCCUGGAGAUUCCAUGCACCUAUGAAAGACCAAGUAGACGCCGCGGGCCUCCCAACCGCCAUGCAGAGGCUUUCAAGAAACAAAAGCGUGAGCCAGAAGAGACAUCGCUGAGUCCAGCAGAUUGUCCCCCGGCGGCCACACCUCAGCCCGUGACUGUGACGCCGGUGACACCGGUAGUGCCAUUGGUCAACCAGACCGCGUCGCCUCUAUCGGCGGAGUCGAUAUGUUCCCUGCGCACAGUGCAAUUACUUUUGGACGACUUCUUUACUUAUAUUCACCCUUUGGUUCCAAUUCCUCAUGAGCCUUCUUUCCGAGCGGCCUUUGAGCGCCGGGAGGAUAUCACCAGCCACACAUUCUUGGCUCUUUUGGCCUCGAUGAUCGGGCUGCUGGUGGCUUCUUUCCCUCGGAGGCCCAAACUCCGACUGAAUACAGAAGCAGAGCGCACUGCAUUUCCCAACUCAAUUGCAUUGGUGAAGCGGUGUCUCGAUGUUGCUAUCCAGGCCCGCGGCACUGGAUACCUCGAUCGCGAUGCCACGGUUUAUGACGCAGCGAUCAGUUACUUUGUCGCAGUAUGUACUGGCUACAUCAACAACAUGAGUCGAUGCCGGGUCUAUCUGUCAGAAUGUCGAGCGAUGCUCCAAGUCUAUGACCUAUGUAGAUCACCAGUCCCAUCUUCGACAAUGGGUGCGACCAGUCCGACCUCGCCCACCACAGCAACACUCCAGAGUUACCCAGCACCAAACUUCAUGGAAACCCAGACCGUUGACCUCAUUACACAAGAACUCGGCCGACGGCUUUUCUAUGUUACCUUGGUUGGAUACCAAACUUUGCAUCAGAUGGGCAACUCUGAUCUCAAAGUUCAUGUUCCACCAGAGACCCCAACACACCGUUACCCGCCACUACCAUUAGAGAUUGAUGACGAGUUUCUGUUUUCGACACAUGUCGAGCUACAGCCAUCCGACCGUGUCUCACAAUUAGUCGGAUUCAACGCAAACGUUCGCGUGUAUAGCUCAUAUACCGCGCUUCUAUCUUGGGAAAUCGCUUUUGGCAGUGGCCAGAUAUUUGACUGGGAGCACCAGCGUAACUGUCUUCUAGGGUGCCUCAAAACCGCAAAAUCCACCCUGGUCAAUGUUCCCAUUGAACUCUCUCUCCAUCACCCCAAAAACACCUCUCCUGCGGGUCUCGGGGAAGAUGGCUCGAUUUUCGGCUACUCUGAUGACCACAUCCACCAAGAAAGGCGUGCUAUCCAGUACGAGAUCCAGAAAGCCAAUAUAUACGCUAGCCAGCUGUGUACUCGAUCCUAUCUUGUUGAAAAAUACUGGAGCCUUUUCGAGACUUUCUCGAAGUACGGCAAAUCGUCCGCAUUCUCCGCGCUCGGCAGCAUCACACCUCAAAUCAAACAGGAAGGCAGAUUGGAUCCAACCCCGACCCUCACUCCAACAGCGAGCAGUCCAUCCAAUCAAUCUUCACAGGCCCAGAUCCAUGCCGAACAAGAUUCUAUUGGCUGCAUCAUGGCCGAAGAGCGCAAGCUCGUAAUCAAAGAUCUCUUCAUACUUCUACGAACAGUCAACGAAGUAAACAUGGAGCCAAACGGCGCAAGCAUCACUGGAAAAAUCCGCCAAGUAGCAUCGACGCUCCUCAGCCUCUCUCGUCCCAAACACACUCAAGCUCCUGCAUCAUCAUCCACGCCAGGUCUGCAUAUUCUCACAUCUACAGAAGCGGAAUCUUAUCUACACGCAUUCAUCGAGACACUUGUGAGACUGGAGUGUCAUUCUUCUACGGCUGAUUCUAGUGCCGAAAGCGUGAGUCCACAGCCGAAUGGUCGCUCCAUGAGUUAUCUCAGUGAUUAUGAGCGUGACCAGGAGGAAAUGAGUCAGUGGGCGAGUUUGAAGGAGUAUCAGCAGAAGUUUGCAGAGGCUGGUGGUCUUUUGUACCAGUUGUAG